AUGGCUCAAGCACUCUAUAUUUCUGCAGUAACACCCACGAAAAACCCAGAACCUGAAGAGGAGUGCUCCUUCAUCCAGGAACCAGUGCGGCCUCAGGAAGUGGAUCUGGACCUGGUGAUGGUGGCUGACAGCUCCAGGCUGAUGCAGGCUGAUGAGUACGCUAGCACCCAGCAGCUGUUAAGCUCUGUGGUGGAGCAGCUGGUUGUGAGCCCGCAGCCCCGCCGGGCUGAUGGGAAAGUUCGAAUCGCUGUAGUCCAGAGUGGCACUUGGACUCCCAAGUUGGAGUUUGGCCUGCAGACAUACCAGGACCAACAGCGGAUGAAAAGGCACCUGAUGAAGGACAUGCAGCAGCAGGGCGGCUCCUCAGCACUGGGACUGACGCUGAGUUACACUCUGAGGGAGGUGUUCCUGAAGGCCAGCCAGCCCCGCAGGAGGAAGGCAAUUCUGACUGUGGUGGGCACCCAGACAGCUUACGAGGACCGGGCCAGACUACAAUACAUCUCCCAGAAGGCCAAGUGUGAGGGGGUGGCGAUGUUCGUGGUGACGGUGGGCGACCGCUAUGACCAGACGCAGGUGGAGGAGCUGGCCAGUCAGCCUGUACAGCAGCACCUGAUCCAUGUUGGGCGACUGAUGGCCGACGAGCGGGGCUACGCCCAGCGCUUCUUCAGGGUCUUCCUCUCCGCCCUCAACAAGGGAAUGAACUCAUAUCCUCCUGAUUCUGUAAAACGGACCUGCCACCAGCUGCAAGAGCCGACCCCAGGUCUUUUGGCACCAGCCUUCGAUCUUAACGGUCUGGGGUCGGCGGAGCUGAUGGAUGAGGGGACGGAGGAGCAGGAGCAGAUUGGAGUAAAGCCCACACAGUUGGACAUCAUUGAAACUUUGAACACAGAGGAUGGACAGAGCUUACUGUCAGUAGCUAACAUCACAGAUGCCAGAUGUUUGCUCAAACAAGACGCCGGUAACUGUAAGACCAAAUCCAUAAAGUGGUUCUUCGACAGCGAUUAUGGCCAAUGCUACCGCUUCUGGUACAGCGGCUGUGGCGGCAACAGCAACCGCUUUGAGACGCGGAAUGCUUACUGUAAAAAUGUCACCAUGGCUGACAUUGUCUUCCUGGUCGAUGGCUCCAGCAGCAUUCCCCCCCAUGGCUUCGAGGACAUCAAGCGUUUCCUGCGUACAUUUAUUGAGUCAGUAGACAUCGGCCGCAACAAAGUUCGGGUUGGCUUGGCGCAGUACAGUGAUGAACCUUUUCAGGAGUUCCAGCUGAAGGAUCACAUGGACAAGAGGUCCCUGCUGGCUGCACUGGAAGGAUUAUCUCAACGACAAGGAGGCACGAAAACAGGCAAGGCCAUCACCUUCCUCCAUAAUGAGUACUUCACCAAAGAGGCCGGCAGCCGAGCCAGCGAACAGGUGCCUCAGAUCGCUGUUGUCAUCACAGAUGGGAAGUCCAGUGAUGAUGUGACAAAGCCUGCUCAGAGCCUAAGAGAGAAGAAGGGAGUCAUUGUGUUUGGCAUCGGGGUGGGACAAGCAGACGAGGAAGAGCUUAAGUCUGUUGCCAGCCGGCCCCCACAUCGCUUCCUCCUCACCAUUGAUAGUUUUGGGGCUCUGCAGCAUGCAACAGAGGAUCUUUUGAAAACUGUUUGUGUCUCCAUGGUGGAUAAGAGGCAAGAUUUGGUUGACAGGAUUUCAGAUAUUUUCUUCUUGGUGGACAGUGGUAUAAGUCAACAACAGUUCAACCUGUUCAGGACAGAACUUAACAAGUUGAUCAAUCAGCUUAACAUUGGAGCAUCCAACAACCGUAUCGGGUUGGCCCAGUAUGGUCAAAAUAUUAGGGUUGAAUUCCUUCUCAACGCCCAUCAAACCAAACAGGAGACCCAGGCUAGUGUCAAGCGUUUCCGUCUGCGCCCACCACAACCCAACGAACCACGAAACCUUGGCGGUGCUUUGGAGUACGCCAGAACUAACUUUUUCACUAGUGAUGCAGGGGGCCGUGCUGAGCAAGGCUUCAGACAGUUCUUGGUCGUUGUGAGUGGACAAGCCUCAAGUGACAGUGUGUCUACAGAAGUUCAUAGUAUCAGAAAAUCAGGGGUUACUAUUGUUGGGAUGAGCGCAGGUGCACCGAUGGAUUCAGUACGCUUGUUGAGUGAUCAGGAUGUGUUUGAUUCUCCAAGAGUAACUCUUCUGAAGGACCUCUUCAUAACUGAGAAAGAGGACAACAUUACUGAAGAAUGCAAAGUAGUCAAUAAGGUGGACAUUGUGUUCAUUGUUGAUGAGUCGGAUAGCAUUGGACAAGCCAAUUUCGGGCUGGUACGCUAUUUCCUACAUUCGAUUGUAAGCAGCCUGGAUGUCAGUCAGACUACAGUCAGAGUCGGCAUUGUUACAUACAACGACAACCCUACAGCACAGGCCUACCUUGACACCUUCAAUGACAAGAACGAUACCCGACAGUUCAUCAAGAUCCUGCCUUACACUGGUGGUGGAACAAACACCGGAAAGGCCCUAGACUUCACCCGCAAUGAAAUCUUUAAUGAGAAAAAAGGCAGCAGGAAGGAUGUCCAGAAGGUGGCAGUGGUUAUUACAGACGGUGAAUCCCAGGACGAUGUUAGCGAAGCUGCAGUCCGUCUUCGUCGGAAGGGCAUCACAGUUUUCGCUAUAGGAAUCAAAGAUGCUAGCAUCAGCCAACUGGAACAGAUAGCAUCUUAUCCGCCCAAUAAGCAUGUUUUUACUGUGGACAGUUUCACCCAACUGAAGCCCAUGAAGACGAUCCUUCAGAAAAUCCUGUGCAAUAACAUCAACGAACAAGCCGUCAUAGACAACAAAAGAACGUCAGAUGCCAAAGACGCUUGUGUACCAAAGGAUGAAGCAGACUUCUUCUUCCUGAUAGAUGUAUCAGGAAGCAUUGACAGCACAGGCUUGACUGAAAUGAAGAGGUUCAUUAUCGAAUUUUUGCAUACCUUCCGUGUUGGGCCACGACAUGUCCGCAUUGGGCUUAUGAAAUACUCAGAUUCACCAAUUUUGGAAUUUGACCUCACAGCUUAUGCAAAUGCAAAGGAUGUGGAAAAAGCUGUGAUGGCCAUUGAAAAAGUAGGACUUAAUACAUAUACAGGGAAAGCACUGUCUGAAAUGGAACCGUACUUCAAGCGUGCGAAAUCCAGUCGCCCCAAAGUCCCAAAGUACCUGAUUGUCAUCACUGAUGGAAAAGCCACUGAUCAAGUCAUGGAACCUGCAAAAACAUUGAGGGAUCACGAUGUCAAUAUCUAUGCCAUCGGGGUGAAAGGUGCAGUCAAGGCUGAACUGGUUGAGAUUGCCGGCGACAACAAGAGGACUUUCUCUGUCAAUGAUUUUGAUUCCUUGAAGAACCUCCACAAACAACUCAUCACUGACAUCUGUAUUCCUGAUGUUUGCAAAAACGUAUCAGGUGAUGUGAUUUUCUUAGUUGACGGCUCCGAGAGCAUCUCUGAGGAGGAUUUUCAGAAAAUUAAAGAUUUCGUGAAAUCUAUCAUCAGCAAGACUACCAUCAGUAAAGAUGGGGUGCAUGUGGGGAUCAUGCAGUACAGCACCGAAUACAAACUAGAGUUCUCCCUCAACAAACACUACAACAUAGAUGAAAUGUUCAGAGACAUCGAUAUCAUGCAGCAGAUAAGUCAAGGCACAAGCACUGGCAAAGCCAUCAGUGCUGUGUCGGAGUAUUUUAAUAGAAAUAAUGGAGGGCGUCCUGAGCUGCAGCAGAAGCUGGUGGUGUUAACAGACGGCAAGUCCAAAGACGACGUCAGUGUCCCUGCUGCUGCUCUGAGGGAGAAGGGAGUAACCAUCUAUGCCAUAGGAGUGGCCGACGCCAAUGCUGUUGAGCUGGAGAUUAUCAGCGGGUCAAAACAAAGGGUUUAUUUUGAUAAGGACUUUGAUGCUCUGAAGUCGUGGGAGAGUCAGGUGGUUGUGGAACUGUGCAAGGCAGGUGAGAACUGUAAGAAGACAAGAAAUGCAGAUGUUAUUUUCCUGGUGGACGGCUCGGCAAACAAAAAUUUAAAUAUGUUCAAAAGCAUUCACAGGUUUAUGGAGACAAUAGUGGACCUUACUGAAGUUGGCAAGGACUGGGCUCGUUUUGGGGUCAUUCUCUACGCCGAUAAUGCUGAGUCUGUUUUUACUCUUGACAAGUAUAACAACAAACGGGACGUGAUUGAAGCAAUACAUGCCAUAAAGCCACUCAGAGGAAACACCAACACUGCCAAGGCGAUGGAAUACUCAUUAGAAUAUUUUAAUGAUGCACACGGUGGCCGGCCUACAAAAAAUAUACAUCAGAUUCUCAUGGUGAUCACAGACAGGGAUGCCUCUGAUCAUUAUCACCUGGAGAGGGCAUCUAAAGCACUCAAAGAAAAUAGAGUCAUUGUCUUCAGUAUCGGAGUGGAACCUGCAAAUAGAGAUCAGCUGAAAAUCAUGGCUGAUGGUGACGAAUCCAGAGUUUUCUACGCAAAUAAUUAUGAUGCCCUGGAAAUUCUCCGCAAGACUGUGUCCCCUGUCUGGUGCACAUUUACUCCGGAAGUUUGCGAGACAGACAAGGCUGACUUGGUCUUCCUACUUGAUUCUUCCAGCAGCAUCACUCUUGACGAUCACGCCAUCAUGUUGAACUUCACGUCAGAACUGGUGAGCAGAUUCAAAGUAGGUCAAGACUUUGUUCGUGUUGGAGCUGCACAGUUCAGUGACCUUCAAUACCAUGAGUUUUACCUCAAGGAUUACUACAACAAGGAGGAUGUGAUUGCACACAUUCACAAAAUGGUUUACCAUGGUCGAAACACUUACAUUGGAAGAGCUUUGAAAUACAUUAAGGAUUACUUCACAGUGGCACAGGGCAGCCGUAAAUCUGGUGUCCCCAAGAGUCUGGUGUUGAUCUCAGAUGGCGAUGAUAAUGAUAAUGAGUUUGACAUCCUGGAGGACGAAGCCAACGAUCUCAGGGCAAUGGGGGUUAGGAUUUUUGCAAUAGGUGUUGGAGAUGUCCACCUCCUGCAGCUCUUGCAGAUUGCUGGAAAGCCUAGUAGGGUGUUCAACGUACGGACAUUUAAGGGCUUGGCAGAGAUCAAGAAUGAGGUGCUCGACAGAGUCUGUGAACCUGACCUUAUCCCAAUAACACCUGAGUGUAGCAUCGAUAUUGCCAUUGGAUUCGAUAUUUCAAAAAGAACCGGGCUUCCUGGGGAGAUGCUGGUCAGCGGCCAUCACAAUCUCCGGAAAAACCUGCCGCAGAUCAUGCACUACAUUUCUUCUGUGUCUAGCCUGUGCUGCCUCAAUGGAACCAAAAUCAAUACCAGCAUUGCCUUCCAAGUAGUUGACAGCAAUGGACGAUCCCUCUACGACACAAAUUUUGAGGAGUAUAGCAAGGAUGUGUUACAGAAAGUCAUGACCCUGCCGAUGACUCAACCUACUUACUUCAACACUGCCCUGCUGAAUUCCUUCCAAAACAAGUUUGCCACGUCCAGAGCUGGUGUGAAGGUGCUGGUGAUCUUCUCCGAUGGACUCGAUGAAGACUUGAACAAUCUGCUGCGUGUGAGAGAGCAGUUGAGAAAUUCAGAAGUCAACGCUCUACUGACUGUGGCUCUGGAGGGAGCCCAAAAUCCUGCCGAGCUGCAGAGGUUGGAGUUUGGCCGAGGUUUCCACUAUGAGGAGCGUCUCAGCAUUACCAUGCGGGAUGUCGGUAGUGCCAUCCUCAAACAGAUUGAUUCAGUGUCAGACAGGGAGUGCUGCAAUGUCACUUGCAAAUGCGUGGGAAAUGAUGGCCCCCGUGGCCCUUGGGGGCCCCCAGGGCCAAAGGGUGGGCCUGGACGGAAGGGUCAGCCUGGCUUCGUGGGAGACGAGGGAACCUCUGGAGCCAGAGGACCUCCUGGACCAGCUGGACCUCCGGGCAUCCAGGGCUGUCCUGGAGUCAGAGGACAGAAGGGAUCCCGAAGCACCAGAGGCGAGAGGGGCGAGAAAGGGGAUGAUGGCCUGGAUGGCCUCCAUGGAGAAUGGGGAGUGCCGGGACUGAAUGGAAGUCGAGGAGAGCGAGGAGAUCUAGGAAAUCCAGGUAUCCCAGGUAUCCCAGGAGAGGGUGGGCUGAAAGGAGAGCGAGGACUGAGAGGAGAUCCGGGACAACCGGGCGUAGAUAACACCCAACCAGGACCCAAAGGAGAACCCGGGAACCCAGGUUUACUGGGAAAACAUGGACCGGACGGGCGAAAGGGUGAUGAUGGAGACAUUGGAAACCAGGGUCCAGAUGGAAGAAGAGGUGGGUCUGGAAGGAAGGGUGGACCUGGACAGCCGGCAGAGACAGGACUCCCGGGUAUCCAAGGUGCUCCUGGUCUUCAGGGAGGCAGAGGGAAUCCUGGUGAUCGUGGACCAAAAGGGAUCUCUGGCUUUCCUGGACCUGUGGUCAGUAAAUCACCUCCACAUCCUCAUCUUCAACAAUCUGAGAAUGACUAUGGUCAUCACUGGGUAAACAUGGACGACCUGGAGGCAAGGGACAAGUUGGACAUCGGGGUCCUAAUGGACAGAAGGGUCAGGAUGGUAGAGACGGUCGUGGACCCGCAGGACCCACAGGUAGCAAGGGAGAUCCUGGUUUUCCUGGUUACCCUGGUCUUCAGGGUGAGGAAGGCCAAAAGGGAACCAAAGGACAUCCGGGACAUAAAGGGAACUCAGGUCGACCGGGAAACACAGGCAGACCAGGGUCGCAAAGGCCCUCCAGGUGAAGGCAUAUCUCAAUGUGAUCUGAUCAACUACAUCAGAGAAAACUGUGAUCCGAAGAAGGCAUGUCCAGCCUACCCCACUGAACUGGUGUUUGGCCUGGACAUGACGGUGGAAGGUACUUUCCAGAGGCAGCAGAAUGCCCUCCUCUCUCUACUGAAGGACAUUUCCAUUGCUGAGAGCAACUGUCCGACAGGCGCCCGUGUGGCUGUGGUGGGAUACAACUCUGUCACCAAAUACCUGAUCCGUUUCCAGGACUACCGCCGCAAGGCCCAGCUCAUCGAAGCUGUGAAGAACAUCAGGUUGGAGACCACAACCAACGAGCGCUCUCUGGGAGCCGCCAUGCACUUUGUGGGUCGGAAUGUCUUCAAACAUACCCGUGCAGGAGCAUUGAUGAGGAAGGUGGCUGUAUUUUUCACCAAUGGAAAAUCAGAAGAUAAAAAUGAAAUUGUUACCGCUGUGAUGGAAUAUCGGGGUCUCAACAUCAUCCCUGCAGUCAUCUCACUGGAGAACGCUCUUAAUGUUCGUGAAGCCAUGGAGGUUGAUGACACAGGACACUCCGUCUUCACGCUACUGGGAAGGCCACAGGACCAGGCCGCUGAUCUGCGCAAAGUCAAGAACUGUGUAAUCUGUUACGACCCCUGCAGACAUGAAGAGGAGUGCUCCUUCAUCCAGGAACCAGUGCGGCCUCAGGAAGUGGGUCUGGACCUGGUGAUGGUGGCUGACAGCUCCAGGCUGAUGCAGGCUGAUGAGUACGCUGGCACCCAGCAGCUGUUAAGCUCUGUGGUGGAGCAGCUGGUUGUGAGCCCGCAGCCCCGCCGGGCUGAUGGGAAAGUCCGAAUAGCUGUAGUCCAGAGUGGCACUUGGACUCCCAAGUUGGAGUUUGGCCUGCAGACAUACCAGGACCAACAGCGGAUGAAAAGGCACCUGAUGAAGGACAUGCAGCAGCAGGGCGGCUCCUCAGCGCUGGGACUGACGCUGAGUUACACUCUGAGGGAGGUGUUCCUGAAGGCCAGCCAGCCCCGCAGGAGGAAGGCAAUUCUGACUGUGGUGGGCACCCAGACAGCUUACGAGGACCGGGCCAGACUACAAUACAUCUCCCAGAAGGCCAAGUGUGAGGGGGUGGCGAUGUUUGUGGUGACGGUGGGCGAUCGCUACAACCGGACGCAGGUGGAGGAGCUGGCCAGUCAGCCUGAACAGCAGCACCUGAUCCAUGUUGGGCGACUGAUGGCCGACGAGCAGGGCUACGCCCAGCGCUUCUUCAGGGUCUUCCUCUCCGCCCUCAACAAGGGAAUGAACUCAUAUCCUCCUGAUUCUGUAAAACGGACCUGCCACCAGCUGCAAGAGCCAACCCCAGGUCCUUUGGCACCAGCCUUAGAUCUUAACGGUCUGGGGUCGGCAGAGCUGAUGGAUGAGGGGACGGAGGAGCAGGAGCAGAUUGGAGUAAAGCCCACACAGCUGGACAUCAUUGAAACUUUGAACACAGAGGAUGGACAGAGCUUACUGUCAGUAGCUAACAUCACAGAUGCCAGAUGUUUGCUCAGAAAAGAUGCCGGUAACUGUGAGAAAUACACCGAGAAGUGGUUCUUCGACAGCGAUGUUGGCCAAUGCUCCCACUUCUGGUACAGCGGCUGUGGUGGCAACAGCAACCGCUUUGAGACGCAGAAGGCUUUGGUGUCCUCCUGGGUGUCCUACCAUAGUCAUUCAGAUGGCAAUGGAAAGUGUGAGCUGACACUGUUGUACCCUCGGUCUGAAGGACAGGGUCUCCUCCUCUUCAUCAUUGUCAUCUUCAUCUUGUCUGCAUCGUCACCACCUGAGAUCUUCAUCUUUCAGCUCGGCUGGUUCCUGUAG